CGAGACACCGACCAGGAAUCCGACGUCUGGAAAUAUAAAGUAUUUAAACAGCCACCGAGUGCUGGCCUGCCAUUCGCCGGGACCCCGCCUAUAGCCCGCGGGGCGAACCACCAUCACCUCAACGACAAACACGUAGGCAAAAGACGGUAACACGGCAUGACUGCUACGCACGGUGGCGGACGAGAAGAUGACCGUCCGGACAAAGAUACUGUCUACACGAUUAAAACUGGAUUUAAAAAUGACGGCUACCAACACGACCGGGAUUCCAAUGAAGACAUCAUCAAACCUCCACCACUACCAGUCGAAGAUGACAAUUAUCCGACUGGAAAGGUGAAACUCACGCUCAACGAGAAAUGGAGGAUAUUGAAAAACGUAGCGGCAGUGAGUGCAGCAUUUAUGGUCCAGUUCACUGCUUUCCAGGGUACUGCGAACUUGCAGUCAUCCAUAAAUGCAGCUGAAGGUUUAGGGACUGUAUCAUUAAGUUCCAUUUAUGCGGCGUCGGUCGUAUCUUGCAUAUUCAUUCCAACGUUCCUAAUUAAAAGGUUAACUGUUAAAUGGACCUUGUGCCUAUCUAUGUUGUGCUAUGCACCUUAUAUUGGUGCACAGUUCUACCCUGCAUUCUACACAUUAGUGCCUGCUGGCGUGAUGGCCGGCUUAGGUGCAGCACCUAUGUGGACCUCCAAAGCCACGUACCUUACGCAAGCGGGUAGCGUGUACGCAAAACUAACAGAUCAAGCUGUAGAUGGAAUCAUCGUGAGAUUCUUUGGUUUCUUCUUCCUCGCUUGGCAGACCGCUGAACUUUGGGGAAAUUUGAUCUCAAGCUUAGUAUUCUCGUCUGGAAUACACAGCAGUAACCACACCUUGAAUAAUACGAUGGUCAGUUCGGCAUUAUUGAAAUGUGGUGCGAACUUUUGUAUGAUCGGUGGACAAGAGCAAGACAAGAAUCAUAACCUGAACAGGCCACCGAACGAUGAAAUCUACAAAAUCAGUGCCAUAUAUCUCGCAUGCGUCGUUGUCGCCGUACUGAUGGUGGCACUGCUCGUCGAUCCAUUGUCGAGAUAUGGUGAAAAACAAAGGAAAUCAGAUCCGUCAAAAGAGUUGACUGGUAUUCAGCUACUUUCCGCCACCGCUUACCAACUCAAGAAACCGAACCAGCAGCUUCUAAUUCCAAUCACUCUUUGGAUUGGCAUGGAACAGGCUUUCAUCGGUGCUGACUACACUCAGGCAUACGUGUCCUGCGCUCUCGGCAUUCACUCGAUUGGUUAUGUGAUGAUAUGUUUCGGUGUGGUGAACGCUCUCUGCUCGCUGGUAUUUGGUUCCGCCAUGAAGUACAUCGGCAGGUUCCCAAUUCUGGUAAUGGGCGCGGCACUACACCUGGGCCUAAUCGUAUGGCUACUCAUAUGGACACCGAAUCCUAACUCGCCGACAGUUUUCUUCGUCAUCUCGAGCUUAUGGGGCGUUGGAGACGCAGUGUGGCAGACACAAGUUAAUGGUCUGUACGGAGUUCUAUUCAGACGUAACAAAGAAGCUGCAUUCUCCAACUACAGACUAUGGGAAAGCGCUGGUUUUGUGGUCGCCUAUGCGUACUCUACACACUUGUGUGCCCGGAUGAAGCUGUACGUGAUGAUGGUAGUUCUUCUUAUUGGUGUCAUUGGCUACAUUAUUGUGGAAAUUUUGCAUAAGAGAAAGGCACGUCGCCUCAAAGCUAUCGCCGAGGAUCCCGCUAUCGCAGCAGAAGCAGCUAAGCAGCCACCCGAAGAAGACGACGAGAAAGACGAGAUUGAUGAUGAAAUUGUCAUCACACAUCUUUAAAUUUAACAAUCACGUCACCAGUGACGUAAAUGUGUUGCCUGUACACCUGUCUUGGAAUAUUAGCGGCAUACCAAUUUGACUUGAGAUAGAAACGAAUUGCAUGUAGAAAAUUAGAUUCACGAUAGAAGUUAUGUUCGAUAUAACAAUUUAUGUUGUCGUUCUAUACAAUAAUUCGACUUCUGCAAAGAAAACCGUUGUUAUGUUAUUGAGUAAUAAAAAAAUAUAUAUCUGCUUGCUCUUAACUUUAAAUCAUUCAAGAUUUUACACAACAACAAGUAUUUUAUAAAAAUUUUAAAAGAAAAUUUAUAUUAGAAUAUAGAAAUGGUUGUUUUAAUAAUGUUUGUAUGCAAAUAAGUUAUGUGAAAAAUAUUAUGAAAUAGCGUUUACCGGUGUCGACUUUACUAAAAAAUUAAGACAAUUUAAAGAUUCAAAUUAAAUGAAUACAUUCGCUCUCUUUUAUGUUUAAUAUAAAUAAAAAGAGACGCAUAUGUUGCACGCCUGUUGCUGUUAUAAUAGUAUUUUAAGACAGGUGAGAUAUUGAUAUUAUCAGUUUAUCACAGUAUUUAAUAUGUACUGUUCGCUAAUUGCAUUAGUGUAUGCCUAAAAUAUAUAUCUGCGCAUAUACUAAAGAAUAUGCCAUAACAGGCACAUUUAUAUUACAAUCGAAUAGGUACAAAAAUGAUUCAGGGAAUUGUUUCCGCAAAUG